AUGUCCUUUAGCUCGGCCCCCGUUCACACCGGGAGAGCUCUGUUCACACCGGGAGAGCCCCGUUCACACCGGGAGAGCUCCGUUCACACCGGGAGAGCUCCGUUCACACCGGGAGAGCCCCGUUCACACCGGGAGAGCCCCGUUCACACCGGGAGAGCUCCGUUCACACCGGGAGAGCCCCGUUCACACCGGGAGAUCUCCGUUCACACCGGGAGAGCCCCGUUCACACCGAGGGCGUCCCGUUCACACCGAGGGCGUCCCGUUCACACCGGGGUUUUAUGUUUUUUACGUAUCUUCAAACUCAAAAAACGUUCGGGAGUUUGUCCAGUUUCAGAGAGAGGAUUCCACUUUGUGUUCGUAAAAUCGCAGCUUGUGGCUCUUCAGACCGGUCAUGGAGACUGGACCUCAAACCAUGGAGACUGGACCUCACACCAUGGAGACUGGACCUCACACCAUGGAGACUGGACCUCAGACCAUGGAGACUAG